AUGGUGAAGCGCAAGCGGACCUUGACCGACGAAGAUCCGGAAACCUUACCGGCCUCAAAUGUUUGUUACUCGAAGGAGCCAGCCGUGCUUGACGUUUUGCCGGGGAUUACCCGGAAGAUCACAGCAUGCGGUGCAUGUAGGAAGCAGAAGAUCAAAUGUGACAUGACCAAUGGACCACCAUGCACGCGAUGUAGGCGUCGAGAUCUCAGCUGUGUUCUGAACAAAAGUCUGCAGUCGUUGGUUGAGGAGGUCAAGAAUACCGAGGUUCUACAAAGUGAUGUGUCAGGGAUUCACAAAACUCUCGACAACAUCUGCCAACAUCUCAACCUUCCUCGACCAAAAGCUCUGUUAUCUUCAUCAAGUGGGGAACCGGUCGAGGUAGGCGAGAAGAGAAGUGAGAAUCACGAUCUAGAGCGAGAUGAUGAAGACUUGGAUGGUUGUGAGAUAUCUCCACCGGAUACCCCGUCUGCUGUCCACGCUCCCAUCGAUACAUAUCUCGAUAUUGCCAAACUAGGGAGUCCAGGAUCUUCGGAAAAUACGCCACCGAGUACAACACGACAUAGGCAGAACCCAAUGCCUCAAGACCUUGUCAGCAAAGGGAUCAUUACUGCUACAAUCGCAGAGAUUCUGGUGGAACGAUACAUUGCGCGGCUGGAUCCAUAUCUGUAUGGGAUAUGCAGUGGCUACCAAAGCAUUCAACAGAUCCAUACAACAUCCCCAGUGUUGUUUGCUGCUAUCUGCACAGUAUCAGCAUUGCAAGAUCCUCAAGGACAGCGUGUCUAUGAAGUAUGUAAUCGCGAAUUUCGCCGUCUGGUGUCCCGGUCGCUGUUUGAGAAGCACGAUAUCGAACACAUUCGUGCGUUAUGCAUAAGUUCAUUCUGGCUGUCAGAUGCCUCGAGAAUUCUCUCGAGUGAUGCCAUCCGUCGGGCAGCAGACAUGCGCCUUCAUCGCAGCUUUGAUCAUCUCUCGGUCCCAAUAGAUCAUCGCUUGAUAGCUGGCAGUCAUGGGACUACCCAGCCCCUACACGAUACUGCAGCACUAGAAGACCGUGUGAGACUCUGGUAUCUAACAUUCAUCUCUGAUCAACACCUCUCUAUUCUUCACAAUCGAGAUCCGCUACUCCGCUGCGAUAAAGAAAUUGCGUUGAAUGCAGAAACAUUUCUUGCUCGAGAAGACACGACAGACUGUGAUGUACGGAUUAUAUCUCAAGUUUCCUUGCUGGUGAUAAUGAGUCAAGUUCGAGACCUACUUGGCUCGGAUCAAGAAACCCGAGUGCCACAAUCCUUAUCAAACCAGAUCAUUCACUAUUCGCGCCAACUAGAUCGGUGGUUCGCCAAGUUUUCUGCACUUUUCAAGCCGGAUCCACGCAUAGGUGAUUUUCCCAAACGCGGCCUACAGCUCCAUUACCACUUUGGAAAGCUGUACCUCGGACAUCAGGUGUUCAAAGGCUUGAACGGCGAGACUAUACCACCAUAUUUCCUGACAGCGGCCAGUAUGGCCCACGAAGCCGCCGUGGCAAUUUUUGAAAUGAUUCUCAAUGAGGAUCUUCAACCGAGUCUCAUUGGAAUGCCACACUAUUUCCAUAUCAUGAUUGCCUUCGCCGGUCAUUUCCUGUUAGAGGUAACUCAGAACUACCACGGCCAGCUAUCAUUUGCGCCUGGUCAGAAUUAUGAGUUGAUCCAGAAAGUGCUUGAGUUAUUCCAGGAUAUCCCCGCUGUUCAACAACAUCCAAUAUGCAGAAUGACACCUGGUUUGACGAGGAAGUUACGUGAGUGUGUUAGUGUGUUGCAGGGGGAUGGGCAUUUACCUUCGUCAAUUGGCCACGCGGUUGGCUCUAUGGAUUAUAUUCACAAGUCUGCUCAUGUACCGCCGCUGAGCUCAUUUACUUUCCCAGGGGAAUCACUUGUUGAACCUGUAGAUGACUUUUUGUUGGCGGACUUUGGGGAAUUUACGUUCCCGGGAAUGAUGUCUACUGAUAUUUGA